GCCUGACUCACUUCGCUUCUCGAUAUUGACUCCUUCGCCUGUUUCUCCUUCCAUAUAGCCCCUCUUCUUCGUUCCUUUCCGUCACUCCUUUUCGAAUCGUCUGCAACCAUCCCAUUGAUGGUCUUUCGUUUCUCUUUGUCGCGCCAACUACUUUGCACAGCCUCUCCACUCUUACCCUCAUCAAGACACAGUUUCAAGAAAGCGCCUGUACAUUCCAUCUGGAGGGCCACAAUGGCUACUCCGGCGCGCACGCAACCGCCGUGGAAACAGCCCGAAUCAUCAGUUCCUGCGAAGCUGAAGGUCUGGAACUCCUUAACGCGCACCAAGAAUGACUUCAUCCCCGUGGAUCCCGAGGGGAAAGCUGUGAAAUGGUACAGCUGCGGUCCGACUGUCUACGAUGACGCACAUCUUGGACAUGCCCGCAACUAUGUCACCAUUGAUAUUCUCCGCCGCAUUCUGGCGGGUUACUUCGGAUUCGACUUGAAAUUCGUCCAGAAUGUGACGGACGUGGACGACAAAAUCAUCCUGAGGGGGCGGCAACAGCAUCUCUUGGCGGAAUACAAAGCUAAAAACCCCACAAUAACCGGAGAGGUUACCGAUACGACUGUGAAGGCAUUCGAUGCCUAUAUCAAGAAGAAUCUGCCACUCCUGAGCCCUGACCUGAAACCAGAGGACUUCAACAAAGAAUCGGCCGAGAAGUAUGCUGCCGUGAUCGCAGGAAAGUCUCUCGACGGAACAGGACCCCCAACGGACAAAGAGGCCAAAAUCAAAAUGCAUCUGCGUACCGCUGGACAGGCCGCGACUUCAUUACUAGCUCCAUCGAAAGAGACGCCAGAAGAUAUCGCCGUUUUCUAUGCCGGAGCAGAAGACGUCUUACUGCCAUAUUUGGACUUGUUAUAUGGCUCGUCGAUCAAUGCUAGUGACCAUAGCAUUUUCACGAAGCUCACGAAGAAGUACGAGGCAAGGUUCAACGAGGAUAUGCGGGCCUUGAACGUCAUGGACCCCGAUGUGGUGACGCGAGUCACUGAGUUCGGCCCUCAGAUCGUGAACUUCGUGCAGAAGAUUGUCGAGAACGGCUAUGCGUACCAGACCUCAGACGGAUCAGUGUACUUCGACAUCGAGGCUUUCGAAAACACUCCCGGAAAUGCCUACGCACGCCUUGAACCGUGGAAUCGCAACGACAAAGACCUCCAAGCAGAUGGAGAAGGAGCUCUAACGAAGAAGUCUGCAGAGAAACACAGCGACAGCGACUUUGCCCUGUGGAAAGCAAGCAAACCCGGAGAGCCGGCUUGGCAGUCACCCUGGGGUCCUGGACGUCCCGGGUGGCAUAUAGAGUGCUCUGUGAUGGCGAGUAGUGUGCUUGGUGAGCAGAUGGAUAUCCAUUCCGGGGGUAUUGAUCUGUGCUUUCCCCAUCACGAUAACGAGCUUGCACAGAGUGAAGGCUACUGGACGAAAGCCGGCGGCCACCAGUGGGUGAAUUACUUCUUGCAUAUGGGUCAUCUAUCGAUCUCGGGCUCGAAGAUGUCAAAGUCUCUGAAGAACUUCACAACGAUUCGAGAAGCAUUGGCUCGAAAAGACUGGACCGCCCGAAGUCUUCGCAUAGUCUUCCUUCUCGGUCCGUGGCAUGACAGCAUCGAGAUUACGGACGACAUGCGAAAAGCCGCGUCUUCAUUCGAGUCGUACAUCUCCAACUUCUUCUAUAAAAUCCUCGACUUGGAUGUUCAUCCUUCUACCUCUUCCUCAGAGGCGGAGGAUAAGAAGAUGAGACAGGCGUUCGAAUCGGCAAAAUCAAAGCUACACGAGGCGCUCGCAGAUUCGUUCGACACACCUACAGCUAUGCGCGCUAUUUCUGGGCUGAUCACGGACUACAAUUCUGCAGCCAAGAGUGGCAUUUCGGACGACGUGUCGAAGGAGAUUGCACGAUGGAUUACACAGAUCCUUCGCAUCUUCGGCUGCGACGGAUCAGCAGACCCCAACGACAAUGGAAUCGGGUGGUCAGGGGUCGAGAUCCCGGCGGAAGCCCGUGAGUUUGUUCAUGCUGCCUCGCGCGAACGCGACGAGAUCCGCCAGCAUGCUAUAGCGGGCGACCUAUCCGAAGAAGUCCUCACAUCCAUCAUCUCCAAGGACAAGCCAGCCCAGCUACAAGACGCGACCGCUGUUCCAUAUGCCGAAGUCCUAUCGACGUUCCAGGAGAACCUGAAAGGUCUUGCAGAGAGGAAGGCGCCUGCAAAGGAUUUCCUGGCACUCUGCGACCGGCUGCGCGACCUGGAUCUUUGGGACCUAGGUAUCUACCUCGAAGAUCGAGAGAACGCGCCGGCCAUGGUUCGUCCAGUAGAUGCCGAACUGCGAGCGGCUCGAGAGCAGAAGGAAGCUAUUGCUCGCCAGAAGCAAGAGGCGAAGCUGAGGCGAGAGCGGGAAGAGGCGGAAAAGAAGGUGAAGCUUGCGGAGCAGGCUAAGAUUAGCCCUAAGGAUAUGUUCAGGACGGAAGAGUACAGCGCCUGGGAUGACGAUGGCUUGCCGACCAAGGACAAGGAAGGCGCGGAUGUGGCGAAGGGCAGGACAAAGAAGAUGAAGAAGGAGUGGGAAAAGCAGAAGAAGCUGCAUGAGGAGUAUCUGAAGGGUCUGGGCGGCUCAUGAGCUUCUUUGACGUCUUUGAUAGAGUAGGUUGAAUGGGAUUGGGCGCCUUUUAUCGAACCAUUCGUAGACGCUUAUGGCGGUGCGAGGGGCGGUUUAUGUACAAGGUAUUCUAUAGGCCGCGGAUUACAUGUGUAAGGAUGAAACUCCAAAUGCAUAUCUCUGUAGCUGGCUUCCACGUUAUGGUUCACAAGCCGAGAUAAUGUGGAUCGCGCUGGAAGAGCCGCUGUGGCGCUGUACUGCAACCAUCCAUUCGCUAUACGGUGCCAUUUCCUU